GUUUGUGGAAGCUUACGCGUCGACCCUGUCUCCAUUUGCCAACACCACCGCCGACGCCAACACACACAGAAAAACUCAAAAUUGUUGCUGCGUUUUGCUAGAAUUCGAAUUAUACGGCAGUUUCAAAGAACUUUAAAAGAGUUUUUACGGGUUUUACUUUUUUCGCCGUCUUUCUAGCUGUUUCUUUCGGGUUUUUAGCAGUUUUCUCAUUUUUCGACACCUGUUCCCAAGUUUUCUGAGAGCGUCGGCUGUGUAAGCGCUCCUACACAAGUUGUUUGUGUUUUCUUUGAGGAUUUUCUUCUCAAUUCGCGUUUCUUGUGUUCUUUUUGGGUAAUACACACAAACGACGGAGCAUUUCUCGUAGCUGUUCUCUUUCGGGCUUUCCACGGUGUACAUCGUAUUCACAAGCAACACACAUACAGCCAGGUGAACGCGACACUGCCCGUUCUCCUCUCUGUCCUGUUUUUUUGCACAAUUAGAUUCGAACAGAUCGCGUGUGUUUCGAAACACGCACGAGUACGGCCUCUGUCUUUCUCUCUCUCACUCUCUUUCUUUGACACAUAUCUCCUGUUUCAUCCUCUUCGGCUUUCACAGCAAACAUCUGCGUUCCUCUGUUCCGCUGAUUAUUGCUGAUUUAUUUCUUCGCUUCUCGAAACCUUAUAUAUAUACAUAUAUAUACUCACAGACAUAUAUCACACAGCGUUUUAUUGCUCACCCAAUGAGUGAAAAUGAACUACUCUGAGUCCGAUUUAUUAACACACAAGUUUAAUACGCUCGGUUUGUCGGAAACGCAAGACUCGUCGUCAACUUCUACUUCGUCUUCUAGUGACGAGAUUCUUGAGAAGGAGACUUCUCCGUAUGCUGCUUCGCACGAAGCUAAUCCUCUUCCAUCUGUUGAUGAGUUGUCCACAUCGCCGACAUCGGUACGGCCUCACGUUACCACACGGCGCACCUCGUCGUACAAAACAAAGGACUUGCCCAAUGCUAUUCCAAGUGUACGUAUAGGUCGUUCCUCGUCACAACGCUUGCAACAGCUUCAUGGAGGUGGCAGCGUGCAUGCAAUAAAUCAUGGCAACGCGGGUCUGUCUUCCAGAUCGCCGCCUGACUACAAUGGUCGUCCUACGUCUUCUGUUCCACCUUCAUCUAAUUCUCUCGCUACGUCCCCUACCUCUUCAUCUUCUUUUCGCCUCUCUGGCUCCUUAUCCACCGGUCUUCAGGAAAAACUGAGGGCCUUUCAUGCUUCUCGUUCUCGUUCCCUCCCUGAUACUAGUAUGGAUACCGCCUCUGUGUUUAGUCCUUCUUUAUCGCCUAACGUUCCGCCGCUUUUGUCUCAACCUCCCAGGAUUACUUCUUCCUCGAGCGUGCCUGCUUUGGACACCAGUCGGUUUUCCAAUGCUCCCGGUGUCGUAACUGCACCAGAAACAACGUUGGCUCGCUCCAUAGCAGCCGCACGAAAUCCUGCGCAGCGCAAUACCCAACCCUCUAAUAUUUCCGCUCCACGUCCUGGUACCAUGAGACGUCGAGGACCGCCGGGUCGUUUAGACUUGUCGACUCCGAACAAUCCAGUUGCUAUGCCCUCUAAAAGUAUGGCAGCUCGUCGUGGCAUCAAGCUUUCCAACGUACCAACGCCGCGUGCACCCAACGAAACACCUUUUUCCGCCUUUUCCGAUAUCCUUGAUGCCAAAUCUGGAAGCCUCAACUUUAAAAACAAAGCAAUUUUGAACUCUGAAGGUGUUAACUUUUCUUCUGGCUCUUCCUUUAAGAUUAACAUGUCUGAAUUAAUCAAGUUGGAUGAACUGGGCAAAGGAAAUUACGGUGUUGUCUACAAGGUUCUGCACCGGCCAACGGGGGUAAAAAUGGCACUAAAAGAAAUCCGUCUCUCCCUUGACGAAGCUACUUUCAACCAGAUCAUUAUGGAGCUUGACAUUUUACACAAGGCAACGAGUCCAUACAUUGUUGAGUUUUACGGUGCAUUUUUUGUUGAAGGGUCCGUUUUCAUUUGUAUGGAAUUCAUGGACGCUGGAAGUAUGGACAAAUUAUACACAGGUGGUAUCGAAGACGAGGGUGUGCUUGCUCGAAUCACGUAUGCUAUUGUUCAGGGCCUCAAAACCUUGAAAGAAGAGCAAAACAUUAUUCACCGUGACGUGAAGCCUACAAACGUACUCAUGAAUACGGCUGGUCAAGUGAAGCUCUGUGACUUUGGUGUCAGUGGGAACCUUGUUGCUUCAAUAUCAAAAACCAAUAUUGGCUGUCAAUCAUACAUGGCACCCGAGCGCAUUCGUGCUGAGAAUGCUGGACAGUUAACAUAUACGGUACAAGCAGACAUUUGGUCGUUGGGUUUAAGUAUUUUGGAAAUGGCUAAGGGAGCCUAUCCAUAUCCCCCAGACACCUUUAAUUCUAUAUUUGCCCAGUUGUCAGCCAUAUGCGACGGAGAACCGCCGUCGCUGCCUGCUGAUAAGUAUUCACCAGAAGCGAUUGACUUCGUGAAACGGUGUCUGAACAAGGAUCCAUCUCGCCGUCCAAGUUACGCUCAAUUGGCGAUUCAUCCUUGGCUUGAAAAGUAUCAAAAAGUACCCGUUGAUAUGGCUGCUUGGGUAAAGGGUGCUAUGGAGCGUAGGAAUAGUGCGUCUGGAAAAGCAGACACAUUCAAGCCUCCAUUGCACAAGUUUACCAUGGAUGAAAAGAAGAAUACGGGACUACUGUAAUGAAAGUUUUUAUUUAACGGGAACGGUUUUUUUUCUCAUCACCAAUCUUGUAUUGGCGCAUUUUCUCGCAUACCUAAUAGCGGUGACAGGAAGACGUUUCCGCUUGUGGUUCGCUUGUAUUGCUUUCCUAAUCAAAUAUUUGUUAAUGGCAAGCUGCUCGGUUUUUUUUGAAAUUCUGUUUAAUGAAAGGUGCCUUUUUUCGGUCUCUUCUCCUUGUUUUACUUUGGACAAUGUAUAUGUCCUUAGUAGUAGACUUGUUGGUUUCCUUCUUUACUAUACACACUUUCGUUCCUCUUUUCUCCAACUCUACCUAACCCGUUUUACAAGUCCUGAAUUGAUUUCGAUUUUGGUGUACAGAAUGUAAAUAAUGUGGCAUACAUUUAAUUAUUUAAAUGAGUGAGUGGGCUAUGGUUUUACCUGUGACAUAAGGGAGCGGCUAGUAACAGGCCAGUAACUAUUUUGAACAAGUGCGAUAUAUCUGUUCUCCUUUUCGUCCUUGUGUCGAGAUUAAGCAUUACGCUUUUCGAGUUGGUUUUGUGUGUGAGAUUGUAUGCGCUGCUGAAGUGUUUCAUUCCAUGUUCCUUUAUCAAUCUGGUCCUUUACCGAAAGCUUUAAGAGUUCGAGAAACAUGCCGACAAAGUUGUGCUUCCGUAACUGGUUCUCACGUUUCCAUCUUGCUCUUUUUUCUUCUUCGACUGCAAGGAUAGCAGUUUUCUCUGUGUCUGAGAGACUAGGGUCUUGUUGAAUGAUGCGUCUCCGAUCAGGGGAAAGAACCAUGAGGUUGAAACGAAUUUCGUUGGGUGGGUAUUUUGCAAUUCGUGAUUGUAUAACGGGGACAACCCGGCUUGCGAAAAGUGGUUUUUCGCACUUUCCAUGGCAAAUGGGUGCUGGUUGAAGACCAUCCAAUUCGUAGAGUUUAUCAUUAAUGAGGGUGUAUGCGAUGAAAUGGUAAACGUCGUCAUCGUCUGUCGCCGGACGGCUUUCAUCACUGAUAAACGGAUCUGCGCGAGCAAAUGAGUUGUGAACGCAACGGAUCAACUCUGAAUUGCCUAGAGCCUCACCCUUCAAGUCCGCUGGCAGUUCCUUUGUGAAGUCGUAAAAUUCGCGUAAAUCAUUUCCUAUAUCAAUUUCGUUUGUGUGGUUUAACAGGAUGGACAUUAACGCUUGUGUAGCACAAGCAUUGGAGAUGAUUUGUUGCGGGAAGUACAAUUCAUCCAAGGACGCAUAGUCCAGUUCUCCAUCAAAGUUGUCAGCUUGUUUCUUCCACUUGAACAGAAAAAUGAUGCCGUAUAUUUUCCUAUUACGAUUAGUAUUGUUGAACUGAGAAGGUAUCGCUUUUUGCCAUAUUUUUUUCUUUUUUUCUUUCUUUUUCUUUUAUUCUAUUUCUCCCUUCUAUGAAAUAAAUAUAACUGUUUUAACACAA